ACAGGAUGCGCAUGUGCAGUUGCUCGUCCGCCUCCAUUUCCGGUAAAUUUCGCUGAAAGACUUCCUGAGAAUAAUCUAUUGUACUUUUACAUGAUAUAGGGAUAAUGGCGAGAGAAUAUGAUCAUUUAUUUAAACUUUUGAUAAUCGGUGACAGUGGUGUUGGGAAAAGCAGUUUGCUGUUGAGAUUUUCUGACAAUACAUUUUCAGGGACAUAUAUAACAACUAUAGGAGUAGAUUUUAAGAUCCGAACAAUAGACGUAAAUGGGGAGAAAGUAAAAUUACAAAUUUGGGACACUGCUGGUCAAGAGAGAUUCCGAACAAUCACAUCAACAUAUUAUAGAGGAACGCAUGGUGUAGUGGUAGUGUAUGAUGUUUCCAGUGGAGAGUCAUUCGCUAAUGUGAAAAGAUGGUUACAUGAAAUUGACACAAAUUGUGAUGUGGUGAACAGAAUAUUAGUUGGGAACAAAGACGAUGAUCCGGACAGGAAGGUUGUACUGACACAAGAUGCCCAGAAAUUUGCUGAACAAAUGGGCAUACAGCUCUUUGAAACUAGUGCCAAAGAAAAUAAAAAUGUAGAAGAGAUGUUUGUUGCAAUCACAAAAUUAGUUUUACAAACCAAGAAGGAACAACAAAAGCGAGUCGCCGACCAACCUCAAGACCGAAUACGACUAGAUAGUAGAGGCGGUAAAUCAAAAAAGCCGAAAGGUGGCAAAUGCUGCUAACGUCUAACUGUAAUAUUUCCAGAUUAAGUCGUAUUUAUUGUAUCGCAAUGCAUUCGUUAUAAAAAGAUGAAAGAAAAUUAACAAAAGUUGAUAUUCUAAUACUGUUGAACAGUAGUGGACAGAUGAUAGAUUAUUGAACAUUGAUGGCAUGGUGUUUAUUUUUUUGUUUUAGUUUGUUAGAAAAUUAUUAUGAAACAUGUUAAGCAUACAUGUCUCGGUUACAAGCUGGAUUGUUAAAUAAUUUUAUAAAUAAUGACCAGAAAUAAAAGUAAAGAUAAAAUCCUUUUUAUUAGUUUAAGAUAUUAAAUGUUGAAGUCCACAUGAAUGUUUAAUGACAGAAAAAAAGCUCGCAAAUUGUUAAGAGUUUUAGCCCAAUUUUGAAAGUACAGAUUAAUAAUUGUUGAACCCCCAUAUGAAUGUUGAGUGUAAGAGAAGAAAUUAAAGGGACUCCACCUAGGUUUUUUGCCAUGUAUAGACUGAGAAUAAGUUUUUGAGAUUUAUGUUCAGUUUCAUGUAGGUCUAGACCAGUAACUUAAGUGUAAAAUUUACGUUCAAAUCAUUUGCUCACUCCAUUUUUUCCAGAAUAAUUAUUUAUUUGUGAAGUUAAGAAAGUAACCCAAAAUUGAAAAACCUUGCAACACUUCACUUAAAAUGGGCUAAGGAAAGCACAAAAAAUACUUUUUCAAUUCAUUUCAGGGUGUAUUUGCAUACUUUUCUAUUUUAAGUGCCCCACUUGAUAUAUGUAAGAAUUUCAAAUUUUAUGUAUUUAAGCUUUUGAACCUCAGUGGAGUGCCUUUAAUAGCUUUCAAUUUGUGAAAGAGUUGAAGCCCUUUUUUAAGUACGAAAUAUUAAACGUUAAAGUUUAUAUGAAGUCUGCACAAUGUUCAAAGUAUCUAUAGAGCAAUGAAAUUAAAGAAUCAUUCACAUAUUUGUUAUCAGUAGAAAGGCUGCUAUAUGUACAAGGGUCCAUAACUCAACUGUAAUUUGUCAGUAUAUAUAUACAGUAUUUACUUCUAAAUUUUUAAUUAUUUUGAGAAUACCUUUUUAUAUUUAGACAAUUGCAAUCAAGCAGUUCUCCUUUAUGCAUGAAUGAAUUAUCUGUUACAAUCCUUGUAGGUAAACGAUUCAAUAAUUUUGUCAGUUU